AUGUCUAUUGAUGAAAUUAUUAUAGAUGACGAUAUUCUAAUUGUAUUUUUGAAUAAUUUUACAGAAAAUCCAGAGCUUCUCAACGAGUUUUCAGACUCAUUAUCGGUGAUAUAUGAGUCUAUAGCCAAAAAUAGAAUAUUUUCUUCUUUAGCGAGCAGCAUGUGCCAACAAGUAUUUAAUAGAUGGGAAAAUAGGAAUAAAACAGUGGAUAAAAACGUUUUGAGAUGUUGUUUAGACAUGUGGCUUAUAAUAAAGGGAACUGAUUACGAUAUACCGAAGUUCGAAGAAAUCGUUUCAAAUUUAAUAAUAGAAGAAGCUGAUGUAUCUCAAUAUUUUUCUGAGAAUGAUGAAAGAUUGGAAUUUGAUGAAAUCACUAAUGAAGUCUUAGUAGACCCGUUGAGUAACCUUAUAUUGGAAGAAGUUGAAGUGACAGAAUUUGUUGACGAGGAGGAAAAUGAAUAG